UCAACCAUUCACGACAUAAGAAGCUGAUUUGAAGCUGCAAAAGGAAAAAGCAAGAAAAAGCAAAGGACUUCCAUUGGUAGCAGGGCAGUGCUGGAACAGAACGGUGGUGAAUAAGGAAACAGGAUUUAUUAUCUUAUUCGUUAAACCUGUCUCUAUGAUUUUGUGGUUUCGUUCGUUUUAUGUAUUGGGUUUGGAACAGGACUAAGGCAGUAAUUGGAAUGGUCGUAAACCAAGUUCUUCAGCUGUAACAUUGUGAAUAGAAAAACAUGAGCUCCUAUUUUGUGAACCCUCUCUUUUCCAAGUACAAAGGCGGUGAAACGUUGGAACCAACUUACUAUGACUGCAGGUUCCCUCAAAGCGUCACCCGGAGCCACGCGCUGGUGUACGGUGCAGGAUCGGCGGCGCCAGGCUUUCAGCACCCGCCCCAUCACGUCCAAGACUUCUUCCACAGUGGGACGCCGGGGAUCUCCACACCAGGCUACCAGCAGAAUCCAUGCGCCUUGGCAUGCCAUGGAGAUGCCACCAAAUUUUAUGGAUACGAAGCCCUUCCGAGACAAACGCUUUAUGGCACCCAACAAGAGGCGAGCGUGGCGCAAUACCCAGACUGUAAAUCGUCAAAUGGCACUAACCUCGGAGAAGGACAAGGCCACCUAAAUCAAAACCCGUCUCCUAGUCUCAUGUUUCCAUGGAUGAGACCGCACGCCCCCGGAAGACGCAGUGGCCGACAGACCUACAGUCGAUACCAAACACUGGAGUUGGAGAAGGAAUUUCUCUUCAACCCUUACCUCACCCGUAAGCGUCGGAUCGAGGUGUCUCAUGCUUUAGGGCUGACGGAGCGGCAGGUUAAGAUUUGGUUCCAAAACCGACGGAUGAAAUGGAAAAAGGAGAACAACAAAGACAAAUUUCCGGGCCAAAGAGGAGAGAUGGAGGUGGAGGGAGAGGCAGAGGGCGAGGGUGAGUGCGAAGAUGAAGGCAAUGAUGACGGUGAAGGGGAAGAAGGAGACAAAAAGGAAACGGGAGAGGAAGAGGACACAAAAGAGUGAUUUGAAUUGCUAUUUUUUAUGAUUACAUGGCUUAAAGUUGAAGAUGGUAGAGAGAGAGAGAGGCCCGGGAAAUUGAAUUGAGAGAGAGAGAGAGAGAGAGAGAGAGAGAGAGAGAGAGAGAGAGAGAGAGAGAGAGAGAGAGAGAGAGAGAGAUCACAUUUUAUGACCACCGUUUUAUUGGGUUAACAAGUAAGACAAAUCCUUUAAAGACACAUUUAAAACUCAAAAACAAAUAUUCCACAAUACUGACGACGGAUCUGCUUCUAUAGAGAUAUUGCAAUUUAUGCCUGCACAUAGGCUAUUGUAGGCAGCAUAUUAUCCUUACCCAAUCAUAAUGCACUAACUCACAAAUUGGGCACAUCACUGCGCACAUGUUGUCACACAUCAUGGAACACAUAGAGGCAAAAAUUACAGACAUUAGCCUAGUCGCAAAAUAGAACUCAUUUGAUUCAACAUUACAUUGAUUUCAGUAUGAUUGAAAUAGCCUAUAUAGGCUAAUCUAGCCUAUUGAUAUUUUAAUGCAGUCAUCUCAGUUUUCUUUUUAAGCGAAAUGUUAUCCUUCACUUGUUUGUAACAUUUGUAAAUACUUUGGCAACUUUGUAUUUGUAGUCAACUUCAUUCUGAAGUUAACAGCAGUUACAGUCAGACAGAUUGCCUAAACAUCUUGAUUUCAUGUUUAUCGGAGAUCUUCUGUGAAUGAAGUCACACGGAAGGGCAAAAAAAGCGUUUAAGGAUGCACUUUGGCUGCUCUACGAGUGGUCUGGAUCACUUCUACAUGUACGAAGGUUGUUAAGAGCCACGAUACUAACGAAGGCUCUGGGAAACACCUCGGCUACUAAAGAUACAUCGUAUGAAGGUUCUAAUGAUGAUCUUAACGCUACGAAGGCUCUGGGAAACGAUGCCCAGCUCUGUUUUGCAGAAAAUAGCUAUCUUCAGGAGGAUAAUCACUGCUUAUAAUAUCUAGCUUAAAACGAUGCAAAUGCCCACAUAACACAGAGACUAAGCACUAGAAAAACACUCAUAUGGUCCACAGAAUGUACAAGCGGAGGAUGGCUAGAAAUGUUUCAAUGUUCAAUCAAUGUUGUCAUUCAAGGAAAAGGGUUGAUUAUUAAUACACAUUAUUUGUACUUUUUGUGUUUUGUUUUUCCUCUGAAGUAUUAUUUAUGUGGAUUUGUAUGUUUAUUGGGGUGAUGGGAGUUUUUUUUAUUGGCCACUGUCAAUUCCACAUUUGGAGUCAUGAGUAGGCUCUAUAAGGUGGGAAAUUGGUUAGGAGGUACAUUUCAUAACGGAUAUUUCAUAUUAUUGUCUCAAAUAUACUAGUGUGUGUAUUGUAAUGUAUUUUUUGGAUUGCAACUGCUCGGACAUAUUCAAUCCGAUAAGCCUAUCAAAAACUAAACAAAUAAGAAAUUCUCCAUAUAUUGAAUAUUUAUUGAUUCUUGACCUAAUUUAGAUAAAUCAAAGAUUCUAGCCAUAUAGUAAGGCAGCAAUAACUUACGCUUAUGUGAUUAUUAGCCUACUGCUGAUUUGAAUAUCGGGAAAUACGCCUUUACUGCCUAAAUAGGACGCACUUGGAGGUAAUGUUAAAAUCUACCAACAAAGCUGUAUUGUCAUUAAUAAUGUUGAUCUAUACAUUUUUACGAAAGUGACAAGGCAGUCCAAGGACAGGCCUAUAGCUAUAACACAUUUAUUGCAUUUGAUUGCAUGAUACUUAUGGUGCUACUUGUGGCGGUACAGUUCUAGGCCUAUAUUGAUAUAUCUUUGAAACAAGUGUCUCUGCGUCACGUCAUACUAGCUAGUCAGCCAUUGGACUAUGUCACAAACAUUGGUGUCCCAACAACUUAAACUGCCUAAAGUAGCCUAAUGCACAUUUAUUUAACCAACAGCCUAUGUUAUAAUUGAACGAGGAAUUGUACUUCUUCGAAUAUUUCAUCAACUUUUAAACAUUAUUACAUUAUUGUGAUGAUCCAAUAGACUCGUUUUUGUAUUGCACUGAUUAGGACCUCUACGUAUGUCUUCGUAUAUCUUAUUGUAUUGAUAAGCUUGAUUUCUUAUGUUUUAAGUUAAAGGAGGGGAUGUUGGUUCUGAAUGCACACACCCUUGACAUUGACUUGUUGAAAUAAAUGGCAAAACCUGAA